ACCACUUUAACGCGUGGGUUGGUUUCCACAGGCACGGCUUGUAAAUAGUAGUACAGUACCUUACCUUAGGUACCUACCUACUCAAUGAAACAACACCAAUUCCACAUCCCAACUUCUACUAUAUUUCUGGAGGAGGCACGCGCCGACCUACACCUCCCUUUGUAGGAGUACUGUUGCAGGUAGUAAGCUGGGAACGAUAUUGGGGUUCUUUUUUCUAUAUUGAUCUUUAAUAUUACCUAGCUACUGCUUUCUUUUUGGUGGCGCUCGCCUCUAUCUUAUUCCCAUCUAGUAUUCAAAUCUUACCAUUGCGCAUCUUCCACAACACUACCCUCGAAGCUUUGAUUCGAAGCACGUCAAGUAGCACUUGCUCAUUGCUCCCGCCGUCUUCCAUCACCUGCCUUCGCCCCAGCCGCACCCAGAUAUAUUCCACUAGCAACGCGACGUCGAGGAGGGCCGCUUUGGUCACCCAAGUUUGAUCAUAUUGAGCCCUCUACCUUCUGUAUCUAUCCUUCAUCCACCUACCGACAUGCCCAUACAGAGUCAACAUGGCCGGCGUACACAAUGUGCUAGAUGCAGGAUUCGCGAAGCUGCGAGAGGUUCCACCGGAUCUCCAUCUCUUCUGCCCACGCAUUUCGCCCGACGACGAUGAAAUCUACGAGGAUCCCGAUGCCCCCUCUAGUAUCAGUCCUGCUGAAAAGCAGCAGAGGAUUGAGGAUGGACAGACAAGACUGGAUUUGAUGUACAACUGUUCGUUAAUAUUAGGCCUCUCCAGAGAGGCUGCCGGACCCCAUCGUCCCGAUUUCGACUCUCGAUGCGAUACCUUCCUUACGACAUGCGCAAGCUGUGUGCGCAACUGGCACAAGGGUCGCGCGGCAUUUCUCAAAGACAUAACUUCGAUUUACGAAGACUCCGUAAUAGAAGAGAUGAGGAACCGCCUAAACCAAUUCGAUUUCGACCGGAUCACACAAGGUCUCGAAGCUGCCGAGAAGUUUAUCCUUGCGCACAACAGUAUAGUCACUCAAAGCACUUUCAUUAAAGAAGGCCAGGCCGACCUUCUAGUUUCCAUCUAUGAGUCACUGUGCUGUAUAGCAUAUCUGAGCACACCGGGGAAUCGCAAGCACUUCAAUUUUGUCUUCACAACUAUUCAGCAGCGGAAGCCUUUGAAGCUGGACGAGGUCCUGCCCACCACGACUAUUUUCCUUUUCGAUGAGGAUCAGACUCGUAGAGACUUUGCGGUCCAAACCUUUGAGCGGAAGCCAUUAGUCACUAAGUCGGAUUUUGAUUGGGCCAUAAACGACAGUCUUACAGAUGCCAUCCUGAAGGCUAACAGUAAAAGUACUGACGACCAUACCUUGCAGCGCACUUGGCAGGGGUUUCUCUAUAUUCUCGACGUUCUGGAGGAAAACAUCGUCAUGGAAUGUCUGCGAGGCAUGGCUGUGCAGCCAAGUAUCUAUGAGUUGAUGAUAUCCCAGAUGCCGCAACUCCAAUCUGCGGCUGUUUUGAGAGCUGUGCUGAAAGCUUUCUGUGGUCUUAUCCAGAAAUCUCCAAAAGCUUUUUGGGACGCUUAUAGCCAAUGGUCUCCACCGUCUAUCCUUGAGCAAAUCAUUAGGAGUCCUGCCUUCCGUCCUUUACUUCUCCAAUCCGGCGAGCACGAUAUGACACCCGAUGGGCCUGCGGCUGUCUCUUGGGUAAAGCCAUUAAUAAACUCGAUUUCCCCGAACCAGAAGACAGAUGUCUGCGACAAGUUGGUCCAUCACCUUCUUGGCGACUUUGCCAAUGACCAAGGCAUGUCCUCCGAAGGCAAAUUCGCAUGCUAUCGUGGUGCGACUGAGGCGCUUUCCUCGUCGUUGGCGGGAUUUGUGUCUCCCAAGUACAGACUCCAUGCAGGCUCAUCUACAAUUCAUACAAAUGCGCUACUCAAUCUCACGCUGAAAUAUAAGGAUCUUAUUGUCCAACUUGCAGAGCUCCCAGCUUCUGAUCCGCAGCAGGCUUCACUGUCUAAGGCUGCGUUAGAUGUAGUUGGGUCUGCUUUGGCACUCGACUCGAGAAUCACGGCCGAGGAGUGUAAUGCUCUCCAGGAGAACGAAAAUCUUGUCCAGAGGGAAGUGAAACGAGAUUCUGCUGGCCUAUGGGAAGCUUUCUUAGAAAUUCUUCAGCCAGGUGCCUAUGAGUUUGCUAAAGCAAUGUUAUCGGCUUUUACACCGUUGACUACAGUGGAGACAUUUCGUCCAUUAAAGAACACGAAGCUAUCACAGAUCAAGAUUGACUUCAAUUCAGAAUUUCAGAAGACUGCAGAGGUAAUUGAGCGGGUGUUGAGUCGCCUGGAAAGCUUUAACUCGACUGCAAUAGGACAACUGUGCCUAGAACCUACAACUAUGUACCCUAUUGUCGCCACACUCAUACAUGGCGAAGAGUCUGUCAGCCAGGCCGGUGCGUCUUUCAUCAAAGCAAUUACAGGCGAAGAAGAUGGAAAACGUUCAGACGCUGUUUCGAAGCUUGUCGGAAUGCACUUUGUCCCCGUCAUAUCUUCAUACACGAAAGUUGUGAGUGACAUCACGUUGAAGAGAUCGCUUUGGUCGCCGCAAAGGAAUAUAAUUCUCUACUCAAGAGAGAUUCUUGAUGCUCUUUGCAACCCAGCCUCUGGAAUCAUAAGGUCCAGGGAUUUGACAAUAACGGAACAAGGUGUGCUACGCAAUUGGUGGAGCUCGCAGUGGGUUUUCCUGGAGAAUGCCUUGAAUCAGACAGAUGCUUGGAGCCGGAAGGUGGACAUGGAGACGAUGAAGAAUUUCUGCAGAACAGUCAUGGAGCAUGCUGAAGCCCUGCUCGCCCAAGAUGGACUAUUGGCUUCGGCGUUGAGUGCUGGGUCUGCUCAUAGCACCUCAACUGUCAGUGGUGAUGCGUCGAACGAGUCGAUGAAAGAUAUCCUUGAAAAACCCCGUAUUCACUGCAUGGGCCUUUGCAAGAUGCUUCGCCUCAAAGAUUUAUAUCUUGUUAGUGUCAUCGUCAAUGUAUUGGGCAAACUUCUCAAACGUCUCCGUGAGUUUGACAUGGAAGUACCAGGAGCUCCGCUGGCAUAUAUCAAAGAUACUUGUAUCCGGACUGAAAAUGGCCGCUACAAAACGAUGACGAACAUGAAUGACAGACAGCGUGCCGAGCUAAUUAAAGCUCUCGGGGAAGAGGAUACUAAGGAUGAUAUUGAAAUUCUCUCUAUCAAAAAGGUUGAGGGACCUAAAAAGCAAACCAAGCUCGAUGCAUGGUCGAAAACAGGCAGUGAAGCGCCAAGUACACCAGCAGCAUUAAAACCAAUGCUCAAAUCAGGUAAAGAUGAUGUUCGAGAGUUGUUGAAGGGAUCAUCCUCCGAGAAAAGCCGAUCUAUUCUUGAACGGAUGAACGCCCGACAAGCGGCAACAAAAAGUGCACCCAAAGCUCUUCCUAAGACUCUUCCUAAGGCACCUCCUAUUGCUUCCAUUCCAUCGAUUAGAGAGAAGCGAGCUAAAGAAGCCGAAGAAAAGCGCAAGCGUGACGCCGAGGCCAUUGCUAGAGCCAGAGCGCUUCGAGCGCCAAAGCAAACUGUCGCCGGUGAAGGUUCUGGUCUUCAAGGACUUUCAGGCAUCCAAGGCAAAGACUUUGCUCCUGUCCAAAAGAGUGAAAUCAUGGUGAACUCCUCAUCUGAAGAUGAGGACGAUUCAGACGAUGAUGUAGAGUUUCUAAAGCGUACUGGAACUGCUCUCAAAAACAAUGACGCGCAGAAUCGCAUACAGUCUAUGAAGCUCAACCCUCGGGGUCCAGUAAAGAAGACGAAGUUACAACGAUCUGCAAAGGACAUGCGAGCUCGACUCAUCCCUCCUAUGGAUAUAUUGCACCAAGCUAUCCUUGAGUGGGAUAUCUUUCAUGAGGGAAACGAUCCCCCUAAUGGCAUAACAUGCUCUCGAGUGGCCGAGUCGUAUUAUGACCCGCAGCAGUAUAAACAGACGUUUCUUCCAUUGCUUAUCAAUGAAGCAUGGCGGUCAUUUGUUACUGCUAAGGACGAGGCGACUUCGAAGCCGUUUGAGACUAAAGUCGUCAAUCGAAUGAAUGUUGAUAAAUUCAUUGAAGUAAGCACAGCUAUGCCUAUCACCAACAAUAAGGACAGAUUCCUUUCAGAAGGAGACAUUGUUCUAUUUUCACUUGCAGCCAAUCCUUUGGAGGCAAAAGAUGAGUUGCAUUGUCUGGCUCGAAUCUGGCGAAUUCAAUUCAAGAACGGUAGUCUCGAGGUUCAGUAUCGCUUGAGCAGUCGUGCUGGGCCCAUAAUCUCAAAUCUGAUGCCUCAGGCAGAGUUCUACGCGAUCAAGAUUACUAACAUGACUACGAUCGAGCGUGAAUACGCGUCACUCGAGAGUUUACAAUACUACGAUUUAGCACCAGAGAUUCUGGAAGCUAAGCCCUCUCCAAUGCUCUCGUUCAGCGAGGAAGCUGUGGACAAGGCAAUGAAGAAUUAUCACUUAAAUCAAGGCCAAGCCAAGGCUAUUUUACAUGCGAAGGAAAAUGAUGCUUUUACACUGGUUCAAGGGCCUCCUGGAACCGGAAAGACAAAAACUAUUGUUGCCAUGGUUGGUGCAUUAAUGGGUGGCGCACAGUCGGCUCAGUCAAUGGGCACUGCGAUCAAGCGACCGGAUGGCCUAGCGUCUACAAGCAACAAGGGAGUCAGCAAAAAGCUUUUAGUGUGCGCACCCAGUAAUGCGGCAGUUGAUGAACUGGUCCUACGUCUGAAAGCAGGCGUGAAAUCUAUGAACGGAACUUUCCAUAAGAUCAACGUUCUACGACUUGGUCGUAGCGAUGCUAUCAAUGCAGCAGUUCGGGACGUUACCUUAGAUGAAUUGGUGAAAGCUCGCGUCGAAGGGACUGAGAAAGAAAAUAAUGGCCCUAGCUCAAGGGAAUUGAUGCAUCAAGAAGCCGGUCAGAUCAAGAAGGAGCUCGGCGAGCUCCGUCCCCAGCUCGAAGCAGCGCGCGAGACAGGUGAUCGCGCUGAAAUCAACAGAUUACAACGGAAGUUUGACGAAUACAAACGGCGUCAGGCCCAAAUCGGCGCAAAGAUCGAUGCUGACAAAGAUAGCGGAAAUACCGCUGCGCGGGAGAGUGAAAUUCGCCGUCGGCAAAUUCAACAGGAAAUCCUCGACUCUGCCCAAGUUCUAUGUGCCACCCUUAGCGGAAGUGGACAUGAGAUGUUCAAGAAUUUGGCUGUUGAAUUUGAAACUGUCAUCAUUGACGAGGCAGCUCAAUGUGUUGAGUUAAGUGCACUUAUACCACUCAAAUAUGGAUGUUCAAAGUGCAUCUUAGUCGGAGACCCAAAACAAUUGCCACCUACGGUGCUUUCCCAGUCAGCUGCCCGUUAUGGUUACGACCAGAGUCUUUUCGUGCGGAUGCAGCGCAACUUUCCCGAUGACGUUCACCUGCUUGACACUCAGUAUCGUAUGCACCCCGAGAUCAGCUUAUUUCCAAGCCAAGAAUUCUACGAACGGCGUCUCGUUGAUGGUGGCGACAUGGCCAAGCUCCGCCACCAACCGUGGCAUCAGAGUGAGCUUCUCGGUCCAUACCGCUUCUUUGAUGUGAAAGGUAUUCAAGAGAAAGGUCACCGCGGUAAAUCACUCGUCAACUUGGAAGAGUUAAAAGUUGCCAUGCAGCUUUAUGAGAGAUUUACUCUUGAUUACCCCCAGGUAGAUCUUAAGGGCAAGAUUGGUAUCAUCACACCCUAUAAAGCACAGCUUUUCGAGCUUCGUGAAAAGUUUACCCGCCGGUAUGGAGAAAAAAUCACCGAGUACAUUGAGUUCAACACUACCGAUGCGUUCCAGGGUCGGGAAUGUGAGAUUAUAAUAUUCUCUUGCGUCCGUGCUAGUUCUACAGGUGGUAUUGGUUUCAUGACGGAUAUAAGGCGUAUGAACGUUGGUUUGACUCGAGCGAAGUCCUCACUCUGGAUCCUGGGUGAUUCCCGCGCUCUCGUUCAGGGAGAGUUCUGGAAUAAAUUAAUUGAGGAUUCUAAGGCUAGAAAUCGGUAUAGUGCCGGAGAUAUACUAGGUAUGCUGAAGAAGCCUGGUGCUAGAUUACCAUCUAGUACCAACCGCUCAGGACCUUCACCUAUAUCCUCGUCAUCGCCGUCUCCCCUACCCCAAAAUGCGCAGGGCCUUGGUGCCUCGAUUAUGGCAGAGCCAUACGGAGGUUCGUCUCCUGGCAACUCCAGUCGACGCGGCGCUGAGGAUGUGAUUAUGGAAGAUGUGCCUCCUGUGAAACCAACAGUACCCAACAAAUUCAAGACACCGCAAUUACCGGAAACAUAUACCCUAAUUGAGAGGAACCGCAGCACCAAUUCCGCGCCCUCAGUAAGCUUUGGUGGCCUCAAUGAACGUGGGGAGCCAGCCAUCGUUCCGAGAUCGAGCUCAGAACGUCCUAUCAUCCACGAAUCCGGCCUCAAGCGGCACAGGGACGAUCCCGAGGCAGGGAAAUCGUCUAAAAGAGUUGCGAAAGAGGGUGCUGGUAGGAACCCCCCCACCGGUCCUCGCGCCAUGCCACGGCCUCAAGACCCCGCAGCGAUGGCUGUCCUCGGGAUACCAACCAAUCCCUCAUCGAACAUGGGCAAGGCGCCGACAGCGCCGCCCAAUGCGCCUAAGGGACCAUCAGUUCCUCGACCACCUAGACCUAUGGUACCACCCAAGAAGAGGAACGCCGGAGAUCCAUUCAUCAAGCGAAAACCGAAUAAGCCUCAUUAAUAUUU